AUGCGCCGGUGAAUCUCGCGUAGAAGUUUUUGAAUGUUUCGCAAGGUUUUAACGGUUUUCGCGUGGAAUUAUCUAAGUUGAAUUCCUUAAAAAGUGCGGGUUUGGUGAAAGUGAUCGGAUCGGAUCAAUGAUUUUUUGGAAUAAUGAAGUGAACGUCCUUGAGCGAGACUUUUCAUCGCCAAGCUCGCCGGUGUUUUCAUGACAUUUAAAAAGGCGCAAGUUUGAACAAGUCUGACACAAUUAUCGAGGCGCCGCUGCUCUGCAGCAGUGGUUUUCUGCCGCAAAAUGACGGCAUUUUACGAGGAAUGUAAAAAAUGGAUCUCCAUGGCUCAAUCGAUGGAGUUGGAUAAUUUAGAAAAAUGUUUAAAGUCUCUGAACAAAUCAAAAGGCUCUGAUCAGAAUAAAAAUCUGUUUAAACUUCUCUUGCACAUGUCUCAUUGUGCAGAUCGCUGUCGCAAAGAAAAAUUAUCAAAUCAAGUGCAGUUAUAUAAAAUUACUAAAACCAUCUGUGAUAGUCUGACAGAAGUUCCAGACAAAAAUAAAUUAUUUAGUGCAGUAUUCUACAUUGUGAUCUAUCUACUGGAAAAAGAGUGCUAUAAAGAAGCCCAGGUCAUUACAAAUUAUGUUUUACCUGGAAAUUUAUUGAAAGACAAUGAUUUAUUGGAUGGCUCAAAAUAUCAACAACUAUCUGUUUUGUGGUUGAAUUCACUGGGAAAAAAAUUUGAAAAUAAAUGGAAAGAAAUCAAAACUAAAGAAGAGGUAUUAGUAGACACAAAUCUAUGUGAAUUGAUUCAAUUUCAUUUGUCUACUCUAGAUUAUUGCGAUGAUAAGGAUGGAUUCUUUCUAAAGACAUUGGAUGCUUAUUUUAAAAAAUUUUCUGACGUACCACUAAAAGAAAGUUUUCCUUAUGUGUUUAUAGUUAUUCAAAAGGCAGCACAUUUAAUCACUAAUUUAAAAGAAUAUGCACCAGCAGAUGCUUAUAGCAUGUUCAUUCCAUUAAUUGGUUCAUAUUUUUUCAAAAAAAGUGAAAAUUUAAAUUCUGUUCUUGAUUAUUACAGAAAAUGUGAUAUUUACUUUGUUGAUUGCUUAAAAAAAUCUGCUCCAGCAUAUAAUUGUUACAAAUUUUUCAGAGAGUAUACAAUCAACUUGUUUGAGACUAAUUUCAUGUCUGUAGAAAUCGGAGCUAGAUUUGAUAAAGCCUGUAACACAUUAGAUAUUAUUACAGAAAAGUAUGGUUCUAAUAAUCAUUGUCUCAUAGAAACUAUGGCUGCAAUAUCUAGUAGUUUUGAUACUAUCUUUAAUAAAUGGGAAAACGUUGUAAUGAAAAAGUUUGUUAACACUAAACUAACAAAUGAAAAUAUUGUUACAAUGGGAAAAUUUGUGAAAAAAUUUGUUGCUAUUUAUAAAAAUCGACGAUUUAACAAAAACUAUAUUUGCAAAAAAUGCCCAAAUAAUACAAAGUGUCAUAUCGAAACAGAAAUAUUUAAUGCUGCUUCUUUUGCUUCAUCAUAUGUUAAAGUUCUCACAAAAUAUACAUUAGAAAACAUGAAUGAUGAAAUAUUUUCUUGCUGCUCAAGUAUUUUAGAAGAAUUAUUAGCAAUUUUCAAUAAACUAGAUGAAUCCAAUUGUCGUUAUGUUAGUCCAAUGUGGGCCAUAUGUGGUAGAACUAUUUUUAAUUUUGGAUUAAUAAGCGAGGGCAAAUACUCAGCUCAAUUAAUACAUUUAUAUGAACUAUUAUGCAAAGAAGUUAUCAAGAGAGAUGGUCUAAACAGUCAAGUCAGUAGUUUUGGACUAGAAAAUCCAGUUGCAACUGCUUUGCAUCGCCUGUGUAAUGCAAACUUUAAUCAAGAAAAAUUCGAAAAUGCUCUAGUUUAUACAGCUUAUAAUGCACUUUUGAGUAUAAAUGAAACAAGAAAAAGAAAAGCCUGUGAUAUGUGGGCCUCUCUUAAACUCAAACUCAUUGAAAAUGAAAAGAUUCAAAAACUCACUUUAUUAGAAUGUUUGAGGAAAGACACUGAAGUUGCAACUAAAUUGGGAAUCAAGUUAGAUUUAUCAACAUAUGAUCUAAAAGACUUAUGUUUGCGAGAACUCAAGUCUUUACUAACUUUAAAAAGCAAUGUAACAGUUGCUAUGAAAGAGACUAUAGCUGAACUAGAAAUUAUAAAUCAUCCUAUUGGCUAUGCACAAGGUGUAUUAUUGCUAUGCUUUCAUUCAAUGCAACUGAUUAGCAGAGAUUAUAUUUUAGAUUACAUUAACAAAGCCUUAGAAAAAUUGAAAAAGUUAAAAACUCCUGUGGCUCAGUGCAUGGUAGCAAAUUUGAAAUUCUUUGUUAUUAUAGAAGAAUUUAAAGCCAGGACAAAAGCUAUAUGUGAACAAAUGGAUGACGCAAGUUUCACGGUCAAAUCAUUCAAGAUUAUUCAAGGUAUAAAAAAUGAUGAUUUGGAAAAACAAGAAGAAAUUGUACCUACUUAUGGUGGAAUCACUAUAGAAGAAGAUAACAAAUAUUCUCAAAGAAUGCGUAAUUGUCUAGAUUUAUGGGAAAUGUGCAUACAAAAGCAUUCAGCUACUAUCAUAGAAGACUGGGAACCUAAAUUUACUCUUGAAACAAUUCUAAUUUGUGGAGAAUAUUGUAGAUUAUAUAAAUUUAGUAUUGUUGAAGCUAGUGUUUGGAGAAUCGCUCAUAAAUUAGCAACAGAUCUUAAUGAUUCUGUUGCUUGUAUAUAUGUUACAAGCAGAAGUGUAUCCAUUAGAUCAAUUAAUGAGAACUGGAUUAAGGAUGCUGAAAACCGUGUCGAAACUAUAAAAAAUUCCUCAAAAGCAAUUGAGACAGAUGCAGUCAUUUUAUUUUUGUUGAGCUUGGCAGACUUUUACUUUGAUUGCAACAUGAUCGAAAAAGGAAAAGAAUUAUUAGACCGCGCAGAAAAAAUGAACUUUUACGACAUGCUUGCUAACGCUAAAUUGUUCAUUUACGCGACAGAAAUAAAAUUUCGAAAUUAUUAUCUAAUAAAUACAGAUCCUAGUCAAGAAGAUUACUGCAAAUUUUUGGUUGAAAUUCAUUAUUCUAUGAUCAAUCUUCACGAUAUUCUGCAAGAACCCUGUCGAUUUUGGAAUAUCAAAUACUUCCUUAUGGGUAUGGACCAGUUACUAGAAACGAUGUGCACCAUUGUCAUUCCAAUGAAUAGUCUUCUUUCGUUCCGAGAAAUAAUCGCUCAUCUCACUUAUGGUCUGGCAUUCGCUCAAAAGCACGGCAUCACGCUCAGGAUUGCUCAACUUCUCAAGUAUCAUAUCAACAUCGAUUUGUUACGUCUUCAAAUUGAACAGUGCGAAACGAGACUUCAAGAUCUUGAACACAUUUUGUGCUUGGAAAAUUUUCAAAAAUCGAUGAAGACACGAUUACCCGAUGAAAUAAGUUCAGAGAAUUUUCAUCCAGGUGUGCGUGAUGCUGGAAUCACAAUGUCCCGAAACAAUGCCUCGCCUGAACUGAAGAAAAAGCUAUUUGAUCUGCCGAGUUUUAUCGAUCAUUCCUCGCGGUGCGAAUGUGCGGAAUGCACUAAUUUAUUGUACCAAUAUUUGGUAUUCACUUGUGCACAUCAACGCGCUCAGCUCUACAGUAUCAUGAAUUAUCCUCGGGAAGCUGAGCAACAUUUUCAUUCGGCUUCCGUCAUCAAAGCUCACUUGGAUGAUCGUGAUACCGACAAAGUAAGGCAGCACAAAAUGUUCAAAUGGAAGCGAAAGCAAGAAUUCGUCAUCGACCGAAUGUUAUGCAUGCUCGAUUUGAGUAUGUUUAUCAUUGACUUUAAAAGCGAUCGGAAGGAUGAUGCAUUGAUGCUGAUCGAAGAAGUCUUGGAAAUUGCGAAAGAGAGCGACCUAACAAAACAUUGCGUUACCGUUUAUGCGAUGGAGUUAUAUUUCCAACACCAUGUGUACGAGCUUUUCGAAGACAAAACGAGUAUAUCCGUUCCCCAUGACAUACCGAUCACCAUUACGAAUAAACCAACUGAUGGUUGUACUACUCCAAAACAAGCUGAAAAGCCUGUAAGCAGAAAUCGUCGCGGUAAACCGAAGUCACCGACGCCUGUGCCCGUGCCAGUGAUUAUCAUUCAAGAUGACUCGCCAGUAGACAAUAAAACUAAGGAUAAAACAACAAAAACUGAGAACGCCGAAGCGGAAAAGAAAUCUGCUGUUCCGCGAGUUAAUGCUCGUAAGGUCCGUCGUAAGAUAUUGGUUGACGAGGUGGAUGAAACGACGAGUUCGGACGAGCAAACGAUAACGGUCAGAAGAAGCGGUCGGCUAAUGAAAAAGAGUUUGGAUGGCCCCCAAAAGGCAAGUCAAUGAGAGUAACUUGAGUGUAAUAGAUAUCGUCGAGAUAAGAAUGACGAUGAAAUUCGUUAAGACUUACGUCUUAGAAAUUAAUUUCUUUCCGAUAUCUUUGCUGAGUAACAGCGAACUCAUGCUUCCCAUCAAUUUCAGUCUUAUUACUAUCAUUUAAGAGAAAAAACGAAAGUUUUAAAAAUUGUUAUUGUUAUUGUUUUAAUAUGUCGAUAAUGAACUUGAGCUAAUUUUAAUCUUAGAACCAAAUAUUUAUUUUCUUAGCUGCUCUUUAUCUAUUAGAUCAAAUUCAACUAAGAUUAUCUAUAUUAUUUUUAUAAGAUGCCUUUAAAUAUUAAAUUGCAUCUAAUUGUAAAUAAAUCGUAGUUUAUAUAUUUUAUUACAGUCUCGAAAUGGGAGAUAAUAAUUUUUUACGAAUCGGUAAUUACCAUGACGAAUAGUCUCAAUUGAAUCAUGAAAAUAAAAUAACGAAGGAUGUUUCUAUUGAGAAAAAAAUAAAUAUAUAUAUUGAAUCUA